CGGCGGUGCCCCACCGUCGAAGAGAGAGACUCCACCCUUCUUUUUCCCCUCAUGUGAUCAAUCUCCGCGUUCGCAGAUCGACACCUCUCUCUCUCUCUCUCUCUCUCUCUCUCUCUCUCUCUCUCUUCCUCUCUCCGUUUUCGUGUGGAGCUCACUUAAGGAAUGAAUCUGCAAGAAGCUAUACAGCCCAGACCAUCAACUAAUGGAUAUGGUCGUCAGAAGGUUGAAAGAGAAAGUGUGAAUAGGAUGGAGCAUAAGUCGCAAUCCGGAAAAACAAACUCGAGUAGACAGACAAGUGCAGGUGUCCCGGCUGGAAGUAAUGGUGGAGACUAUGGAAGUCCUUCACUUGAGCGACUAGUAUAUUUAACGACAUGUCUUAUUGGUCACCGUGUGGAAGUCCAAGUGACAGAUGGAUCUGUAUACUCUGGAAUAUUUCAUACAACAAAUGCUGAAAAAGAUUUUGGUAUCAUUUUGAAGAUGGCACACUCAGCAAGGACUGGUGCUUCCCAAGGACAGAAGUCUAUUGCGAAGUCUGUCAGCCAGGCUCCUUCAAAGACUUUGAUUAUACCCGCUAAAGAACUCGUACAGAUCACUGCAAAGGGUGUGUCUGUAACCAAGGAUGGUUUCACAAAUGAUCUUCAGCAUGUAAAACAGCAGGACAUCAUGAUAGACUCCUCUAUAUCACAAUCUCGUCAUGUUGAUGUGGAAAGGGAUUUGGAGCGGUGGGUCCCUGAUGAAGAUGAUCUGCAACGUCCUGAAUUGGAGAAUAUAUUUGAUGACCGCUGGAAAAGGGGCUGGGAUCAAUUUGAAGCAAAUGCAACAUUAUUUGGAGUAAAAAGCACCUUUGAUGAGGAACUUUAUACAACGAAACUUGAGAGGGGCCCUCAGAUGAGAGAUUUGGAAAGGGAAGCUUUAAGAAUAGCAAGAGAAAUUGAGGGUGAGGAAACCCAUGAUCUACAUUUAGCAGAGGAACGAGGCAUUCACCUUCAUGAGAACUUUGAUAUUGAUGAGGAAACCAGAUUUUCAUCGGUAUUUAGAGGGGUUGAUGACAGUGGAUAUGAUGAAGAUGAGGAAGUAUUGUUUGAGACGCGUAAUGAUGACACCUUCGGUGCCUCUAGUUCUGUUAGCAAAUCUUUUGGUAACUUGACCAGUGGAAAAACUGAUGAUGGUGCUCAAGUGUCAACUUGUUCUUCUUCUAAGGAUGAAGUACAAUCUUCUCUGUCAAGCACCGUGGAGGAUUUACACCAUGCAGAUUCUGGUGAUCACUCGAAACGACCUUCAUCUGAACUUCUCUCUAAACGGCCAUCGUCGGAUGGUGAAAUCAGGAUUCAAGAGAAUCAGUCCAGUGAUCCACUUGCAGGAUAUAAUUACUUAAAGGAGCUUGUAGAAAAGGAAACGUUGGCUGAGGAGGUUCAAAAAUCGAAAUCGGAGGAUUUGCAGUCAUCUAUGAGAACAGAGAAAGAUGGCACUCAUAUUGGGGUGUCAUGCCAGAACUCGACUUCACAUGCUUCUACAUCUCUUGGAUCAUCCAUUGGUCAGGAAAAGAGGAGCUCUCCUGGUGAACAAAGAGAUGAUGUGACACCUGUGAUACCACUAGGACAAACACAAUCUGCAAGAUCUCGAGGACAACCUGGCAAUUCUGCGUCAUCCACUUCAGAGCGCGGAGGUUCUGCCUCAGCUUCUAGCGUUCCUGGCUUAUCUCCAAGCUCAUCAUUGGGUUCGUUGACUUCAGAAAAGUCAACCCUGAAUCCCCAUGCUAAGGAGUUCAAACUCAAUCCAAAUGCAAAGAGCUUCAUGCCAUCUCAAACUCCUUUAAGGCCUGCUUCUCCAGUGUCUGAUGGUUCCUUUUACUUUCCAACUAGUGUGGCUGCUGGUCCGCACAUGCAUGGCAUGCCUGUAGGUGUUGGGAUGGGACCCUCGUUUGCACACCACCCUGUUGUAUUCAAUCCACAAAUUGCGCCAAUGCCAUCGCAACAGGGCUAUUUCCAUCCUAAUGGACCUCAGUAUGGGCAGCAGAUGAUUCUUGGUCACCCUCGACAAGUUCUUUACAUGCCAACUUAUCCCCCAGUAAGAAAAUUGGAUCGCAUCCGUUCCUUCCUUUAUGCAGGCUUAUUAAGUAGUUCCAGAAAUAUCUUUUCAGACGAUGAGUCGAAUGGAGACCCAUAUUUAAGCAAAAGUUUCUCCAACCAACAUUAUAUAGGAAUGUUAAAAAUGGCUACCGCUUCCUUUUUUUUGGCAGUUGCAAUCUUCAAUUAUUGCUCUAUUUGUUAUUUUCUGCUAGGCAAUUAGCGUGAAGACUUCCUUUAUACGUUGUGAAUCACGUGAUAAAAAAAAACAGUUUUUUCUCUGCCAAAUGAGUGGUGAUAAAUCUCUGGCAAGAUAAAAGAAAACCCCGCAUAUGCAUCAUGACGGUAGCAAUUACUUGCAUGAAGCUAGACUUGCGAAAUGAAAAUCAGAAGACAGUCUUCUGCAGUAUCUUUGGUGCCAUAAUUUUUCAAUUUGCAGUAAUAAUGCUAAACUCAUCCUUUUGCGUACCUUGUUUUUACAGGAAAUGCCUUACAAGGGAAGAGAUUUUUAGUAAAUGGGUUCAGCCUCAGUCAGUGUGUCUUCUGCUCUCUUUACAAAUAAGCUAUUGGUGCCAGACUGUUAACAAUUUUCCAUUGAAAAAGCCCAGCAGGAGGUGAAAAACCAAGCACUAUUUGCAAUGGGGCAUCUUCUCUGGAAUUCCAUUAAUUCUAACCUUGUAACCUUCACCAUGCUCUGAUGAAGUUGGUUGAUUUUCUUAAAGAGAUGCGACGGUGCCUUCUGAGUGGGUAUUUUGACUUGAUAAAGCUAGUUGGAUCAAUUCAAGGGGCAUGCAAAAGUUUUACAUUCUCUGAA